AUGGGUGCGGGCUUCUUCACGUGUCGCAUGCGAUGUGCGGACGAGGCAUCAUGGAGCAGCCAGUCGCUCAGUCGGAGCGCAUCGCCUCAACGCCAGUCACCCAUCAUGACCUCUUGCUGCUUCUGCUGUGACACGCGGAACGGGUCGCUUGCCACAGCCGUCGCAUCUAUUCUGACCAGGGGCCUAACCAUUCUUGGCUACUACCUCAUGCUGACCGCGCCGCGCUACGAAAACACGCGGCUCCACAAACAGGACGAGAAAGCGCUCAUCAACCCCCAUUACGUAGCAAUAGCCAUGAUAACAGAAAGCUGCAUCGAAAUCAUCUUCUCAGUUAUCCUUCUCAUUGGUGUAAUAAAGGCCAACUACCGGUGGCUACUACCGUGGAUCGUAUGGUGCUUUUUCAACAUUCUCUAUAUUUUCGUCAUCGCCGUCAUGCAAGUGCUGGCCGCUGUGUUUGCCUCGUCGACUCACGCACUUGGGAGCGCCAUGGGAUCCUGGAUUGGAUUCUUUGUCUCUGUGUACUUCCUAAAGUGCGUACUGGCAUACUACCACACGCUGCAGAGCGAAGAGGAGCAGGAGCCGGAGCCAGAGCCGGAGCCUUUGAUCCAAGAGCAGCCGCACUGCAGCAAGAACAUCGCUUAG